AUGGAUGAUUUGUUCGGGGUAUUUGACGAGAAUCCACAGGAUUUAGAUUCUUUGGAGAAAGAAAAGUUAAUUAAGAAGGAUGCUGAUAGUAAACCCAUCGAGAAAGACGUUAAGAAGAGAAGAAAUGAUCAAGGCGAUAACAAGAUCUCCUCUACUAAAAAAGCACGUACGUACGAAAAGCAAUUGAUCGAUAAAAAAGCUAUAAAGCCAAAUGUAACGCCUAUUGUUGCAGAUUCGUUAGAAAUCGAAGCUUCGCGUGAAUUUGAUGCAUCGGAUGGACUUCUUGAAUCUAGUAAGAAGCAGGAACUAGAGAAAGAAGGUUCGAAAUCAGAUACUGGGGACGUCGAGAAGGACGGUUCUGCGGGGUCAACUGCUAAAGGACCUAAAAUGAAAUUAAAGCAUCAAGUGAGACAUCAGGUUGCCGUUCCUCCAGGAUACAACUACAUACCCAUUGGCCAACAUAGACGAGAGAAGGAGGCUAGAACGUACCCGUUCAAGCUUGAUCCUUUUCAAGAUACUUCAAUCUCUUGUAUAGAUAGAGAUGAAUCUGUUUUAGUCUCGGCACAUACUUCUGCAGGUAAGACGGUGGUGGCUGAAUACGCCAUUGCACAGUCUCUUAGAGAUAAACAACGAGUGAUCUACACUUCCCCUAUCAAGGCUCUUAGUAACCAGAAGUAUAGAGAAUUGCAUGCCGAAUUUGGCGAUGUCGGUUUAAUGACUGGUGAUGUCACUAUAAACCCAGAUGCAGGAUGUUUAGUGAUGACUACAGAGAUUUUAAGAUCUAUGCUUUAUAGAGGCUCAGAAGUUAUGAGAGAAGUGGCCUGGGUUAUAUUCGACGAGGUGCAUUAUAUGAGAGACAAAACACGUGGCGUUGUGUGGGAAGAGACAAUAAUACUUUUACCGGAUAAGGUUCACUAUGUGUUUCUUUCUGCCACCAUACCAAAUGCUAUGGAAUUUGCACAGUGGAUUUGCAAGAUUCAUAAUCAACCUUGCCAUAUUGUCUAUACCGAUUUUAGACCUACACCCUUGCAACAUUAUCUAUUUCCUUCAGGGGGUGAAGGAAUAUAUCUUGUGGUUGAUGAGAAAGGCACGUUCAGAGAAGAGAAUUUUCAGAGAGCUAUGGCCUCCAUUUCCAACACGCAAGGCGACGAUCCUGCUUCAAUAGAUUCCAGGAAAGGUGGAAAGACUUGGAAAGGAGGUAUGCAUGAUGGUAAAUCCGACAUUUACAAAAUUGUGAAGAUGAUCUGGGUGAAGAAGUAUAAUCCAGUCAUUGUGUUCUCAUUCUCGAAAAGAGACUGUGAGGCUCUUGCAUUGAAGAUGUCUAAGAUGGAUUUUAAUACUGCUGAAGAAAAGCAAAUGUCCACCAAGAUCUUUACUAAUGCCAUCGGUAUUCUUUCCGAUGAGGAUAAGGAAUUGCCUCAGAUUAAAAAUAUCUUACCACUAUUGAAAAGGGGUAUCGGCAUUCAUCAUUCUGGUUUAUUGCCUAUAUUGAAAGAGGUUAUUGAGAUCUUGUUCCAAGAGGGAUUAUUAAAAGUGCUAUUUGCUACAGAGACCUUCUCUAUUGGUUUGAAUAUGCCGGCCAAGACUGUUGUCUUUACUUCCGUGAGGAAAUGGGAUGGUACAGGGUUCCGAUGGGUUUCUGGCGGUGAAUACAUUCAAAUGUCCGGAAGGGCUGGCCGUAGAGGUUUGGAUGAUCGCGGUAUUGUCAUUAUGAUGAUCGAUGAAAAGAUGGAACCACAAGUUGCCAAGUCCAUGGUGAAAGGCCAGGCUGAUAGGUUAGACUCUGCCUUCCAUUUGGGUUACAAUAUGAUCUUGAACUUGUUGCGUGUCGAAGGUAUUUCUCCCGAGUUUAUGAUGGAGAGUUCUUUCUACCAGUUUCAGAAGUCAUCUGCUGUGCCCCAGCUUGAGAAGCAGAUCCAAGAUACUAAAGACAAGUUAGAAAAAAUUCAUAUUGACGAUUACGACAACAUCAAGGAAUAUUACGAUCUUAAAAAGCAGUUGUCCCAAUAUCGUGACGAUGCAAGAAAAAUCAUCACUCAUCCUGGUAAUAUACUUCCUCAUUUAAAGAGUGGGAGAAUUAUCAAGGUCAAAAUUGGGGAUCUGGACUUUGGAUGGGCGAUUGUGAUUGAUUUCCAUAAGAGAAAUCCGAAAAGAGGGCAUACCACUAGUACGUUUACCGAUCACGAAUCAUAUCUGGUGAAUGUGUUUGUUAACACGAUGUUUAUCGAUUCUCCGUUGAACUUGAUCAAGCCGUUUAGUCCGUUGCUACCUGAAGGUAUCAGACCGGCUAAAAAGGGGGAAGAGUCUACCAUAACAGUGAUACCAAUAACUUUGGACUCUAUUCAAGAAAUUAGCAGUUGUCGUUCGAUAAUGCCGAAGGAUAUCAACAAUCGGCAUUCUAGAGACACAUUAAAUAGGGCACUUAAGGAGAUAGAGAGAAGGCAUCCUGAUGGACUUCCUUUGCUUGACCCCAUAGCCAAGAUGCAUAUUGAGGACAGCGGAUUCAUGACUCUUCGAAAGAAAAUGGAAAUAUUAGAGUCUAAGGUGCAAUCGAAUCCAUUGGCAAAGUCUCCGAAACUUAAAGAACUAUACAAUGAUUAUUCUGAAAAGGUUACCUUUGAAGAUACUGUUAAGAAACUCGAAGCCAAGAAUAGUGAGGUGCAGUCAAUAAUCCAGCUUGAUGAUUUGAAACAUCGGAAAAGAGUAUUGAGAAGAUUGGGAUUCAUCUCUCAGAAUGAUGUGGUCGAAAUGAAAGGUAGAGUUGCAUGUGAUAUCAGUACAGGUGACGAGUUGCUACUUACAGAAUUGAUUUUCAACGGUACAUUUAACGAACUAAAACCGGAUCAAUGUGCUUCAUUACUUUCCUGUUUUGUUUUUGAAGAAAGGUCUAACGAGGUGCCAAGGCUCACUCCAGAAUUGGCUGAACCUCUUAAAGAAAUGAGAGAGAUGGCUGGAAAGAUCGCCAAAGUGUCAAGGGAAUCCAAGAUUGAAAUUGUGGAAAAGGAUUACGUUGAUUCAUUCAGAUACGAACUUAUGGAGGUGGUGUAUUCCUGGUGUAAGGGCGCUACAUUCACUCAGAUUUGCAAGAUGACUGACGUUUAUGAGGGAUCGUUGAUUAGAAUGUUCAGGCGGUUGGAAGAAAUGAUCAAGCAGUUGGUGGAUGCUGCCAAGACGAUCGGUAACGUGACUCUUGAGCAGAAGAUGAACCAAUGUUUAGAAUUGGUUCAUCGGGACAUCGUUUCCGCCGGAUCCUUGUAUUUGUAA